AUGGAUCUCAACCUUUGGACGCUGCGCAGCAUCCGCCGCGUCCUUGCAUCUUGUACCCGGAACGUCCUGGUAGGGAGGCCUCCUCCCCGUCGCCGGGUGCUCCAUGAGGCGGCGGCGGCGGCGGCUGUGCUUCGCGAGAAGCCUGCGUCGUCGGAUAAGGCACCUGAGCCGCCGAAGCCGCCGCAAGCCGUCUUGGCAAAGUUGCCGUCAGGAAAUCGUCCGACGACCAUGGACCUUCCGUGCCUGGAAGGGGGCGUCGCACCGGAGGAUUCUGUCCCGAGACCCGUUGCGUUGCGGAGGCUCGCGGCAGGAGCCAACGUGACCGUCAUACUUACUCUCCACGCCCUCGACCCCAGCAUUUUGUCCCUGCACCUGGCAAGAGCUGUGCAGCGAGGAAGCGAGAUGAUCGUUUCGAGAGCAAAAGACCAGACACUUGGCCAUCGGUCGGGCCUUGAAGAACCAAGGCCAUAA